AUGAGCAGUCUUAUCAAGACCCAAGAUGAUAUUUCCAAUCUUGAGGCUAUUAGGUCGCAAUUGAUCAAGGAGAAAUCGUCAAUUGACUUUAAACUUUCGACAACGACCCAAAUCCAUUUUGACUCAAUGAUGGACAACUUGGCUAGAAUGAAAGACACCAUGCAAAAAAUGACAGACAUCAAAGCCAGCAUUGCACGUGUUCACCAGAUCCAUGCUGAGAGUGUUGCAAAACCAAAGGACUACGAGAUAAUCACCAAGAUGAUAACUGUGCAUCAGUUUAUGAACCAAGUGGGAAAUUUGUACGAUGAUAUAAGUCACUAUGGACAAGUUGUUGAUCGUUUAAACAGGAUAAUCGAGGAUGAGAAGUUGAGGAUGCUGGAAAGUUUAGAAUAUACUAUACCUCAGUUCUUGAACAUCCAUUAUCAAGUAACUCAGAUUCGCAAUUUCCUGGACUACAUAGAAACUUAUAUAAGAGGCUCCUCGGAUGACUUGAAAUCUAUUAUGUACAAACUUACAAUACCGACUGCCAAAUUGAUUGCAAAUUUCGAUGCGCUAUUAGUUGAAGUAAUUAAUAGUUUAACCGAGAGCGCAAAGGAUAACAACUUGGAGAUAUUAUUCAAACUUAUUGCAAUUGUUUUGUUUGAAGAAAAAGAAGAUAUGAAAUUGCAAGUGACCCGCAAUUUAGGUAUACUGACCCACAACAUCAUCCAGGACUACAAAAAUUUUCGCAGCAAUGAACGACAUUACAAGAAAUUCUUUAUGGAGAAAUUCAAAGUUUAUUUUCAAGGAACAUUUGCACGGUGCGAGGAGCACUUCUCAAAUGACAGGAUGGCUCUUUAUGAUAACCUUGAUUGGUUGUACGAAGAAAUCAUGCUUGUUCACCAAGCAUUGGCACCAUUAUUUCCAAAGGAAUGGGAUAUCGAUAAGUAUGUACAAAAGAUAUUCUACGACAAAUUGCACGAGUAUACUCUCAAUUUGAUCCAUAGUGAACCUGCAGCAGAAGACAUCUUGCGGAUAUUGACAUUUGAUGAACAAUAUUCUGAUUUCUUAGCCACUGUCAAUGGCGACAGCAAAGCAAAGGAUUUUCCCUCAGUUAUUGGUGAUGAUUUAAGAAGUACUAUAUUGGACGACUACAUGAGAACAAUUACCAACAAGAUGCAAGAAUGGAACACAAACUUGAUGAAACAGGAAAGUAAGGUAUUCAUAGAGAGAACUAGAGCACCCGACAUUUACCCAUACCAUCAAGAAGUCGAAGAUGUCGAUGCUUCAAAUGAACCCAUUAUUAUCAAUGUCGAGGUUGAAGCAUAUGUGCUUCCUGAUUUCAAGAGUCCAUUAAUGAUGAUGAGGGAGCAAGCUGACGCGGCAGCGUUAUCCAAGACAGCCAAAAUUCUUAUUUCGGUUAUUGAAAAUUUUUGCGCUUGUUACGUCGAGCGAGUUCUUAAUUUCCAAACCUUGUUAGAUGACGAAAUGGACAAGUAUUUUCAGUUUUACAACAAUUUUCAAUUCCUUGUCAAGAUGAGUAAAGCCAAGCGAUUGUUUAAAAAGAAGCCAAAAAUUACAGAUAUCGAUCUGCUUACACCAGAGCAACAAGCUGAGUUAUCAAGAGAAGGUUUAGUGGAAUAUUUGUAUGCAUUGGCCAACUCGUUGGAAAUCAGUAAUGACAUAAUGAAUAACAAGUUCCCUGCAUUGUACAAGGAGAAAGUUCACGCUAGUUUCCACGAACAAAUUACCUUGGCCUUUUCAACUACUGUUGAGAGAUCAAACUCAUUGGUCUCGGAAAUAUGCAUCUCGAUCUCAAACUUGAUCAUUAAUGACUUGUAUCCUGAGCUAUGUAAGUUGUUCACCAAGAAAUGGCUUGAAGAUGGAAUGAAACAAACAGAAGAUGUGAUGAUGAUGACCAAGAUAGCUGAGACCAUUGCUGAGUAUAUGGAGGAAGCCAGAAUGUACUGCAUUUACACCGUAUACCAAGUUCUAUUCGAGAUUUUUCUCGAUAAAUUUGUAUGUACAUAUCUAAGCAUUGGAUUUGAGAAUAUCUUGCAUGGCGAAGGUAAGAAAAUCGAUCCACAAACACAGGGUUACAAGGCAUUCAAGUCAAGGGUUCAAAGUGAUGCUGAGCUCUUGUUUGGUGGGUUAUCCGAUUUGUUUAUUGAAAAAGAUAGACACUACUUACUCUCGAGUCUUACGGCGAUCGAACUACUUGCUGAUUUGGCAACUUGCGAAAAUCCAAUGGAGACCAUUCCCGAGCAAUGGAGGGAGUUUGUGCUACCUGUUUUUUACAACUGUUCCAUUGAUUACGUUAAAGGUGUAGUACUUUGCCGAAAGGAUAUGACCAAAGCGCAGUGGAAAACAUUGGAACCAAUUUUAAUUGAGAUCAAAAAAGAGUAUCAUGAAAAAGUUGAACCUCCAAUGGUGCCAGUAUUGACGUUGGAUAAUUUUGAGUUUGCUUCAGAUUAA